UUUGAUUUCAUUGUUUUUUUAGCCAACCAAACAGCCACAUAACCCAAAACCCAAAACCCUAGAAAUCUCCUAGAAUUGCUUUGCAUCGCAGAAACGUCGGAGAUUAGCAGAGAGAACCCAAUUCCAUCAGCAAUGGCGGCAGAAGACUCGGACGCCAAGACGAAAGCAGAGAGAUCGAUCCUAGGGUUUCUUAGAUCCAACGACGUCAUCGCCGACUCUCACCAAUUCGCUUCUAGCAUCGGAAUCGGCCACGGGGAACUCGAGAGCGUGAUCAAGAGUCUCUCAGCAUUCCAAUUCAUCGAGUCGCAGGAUGUAAAGAAGGACAAAUGGCUGUUGACGGAGGAAGCGAAGUUGUAUGCUUUGAACGGAUCGCCGGAGGCUCAGGUUUUUUCAGCGGUGCCUCCUGAGGGGAUCCCGAGGGCCGAGCUCGAGAAAAAAGUUGGUAGUCAGAUUUUCAAGAUUGGUUCGUCCCAAGCAGUCAAGAAUAAAUGGGUGGAGAUUGGUAAACAAUUGGUCUCCAGAAAGGUGGAAAAUGUUGAAGAUACCCUUAAAGAUUUGCUCAAAAGUAUUGAAGAUGGAAAGGUGGUUGACGAUAAGGAUAUCGCCGCACUGAAAAAGCGGAAGCUCAUUACCCUUCAGACAUGGAAGGGUUACUCUCUGAGAAAAGGCCCCAUGUAUGCACCAGAGAGAAAAAAGUUUGCAACAGAUUUGACUCGAGAACAUCUUCUGAGGGGUGAUUGGAAGGACUUGGAGUUUAAAGACUACAAUCUAGAUGUGCAAGAACAGCCAAUUGAAAUAGGCUACCUACAUCCUCUCCUCGAGGUGAGAGAAGCAAUCCAGAAUAUCUUUCUUCAGAUGGGUUUUGAGGAGAUGCCAACAAAUAAUUUUGUUGAGAGCAGCUUCUGGAAUUUUGAUGCACUAUUCCAACCUCAACAACACCCUGCUCGUGAUUCACAUGAUACCUUUUUUCUUAAAGUUCCUUCCACCACUAGGGAACUACCUGAAGAUUAUCUAGAGAAAGUAAAGCAAGUCCAUGAAAUUGGCGGUUAUGGGUCCAUGGGUUAUAGAUACAAAUGGAAAAGGGAGGAAGCAGAGAAAAAUCUGCUCCGAACUCAUACGACUGCAGUUUCUACGAGAAUGCUUUACCUACUUGCUCAGAAGAAGCCUUUUACUCCCAAGAGGUAUUACUCUAUAGAUCGUGUUUUCCGGAACGAAGCUGUUGACAGAACUCAUCUUGCUGAGUUUCAUCAGAUAGAAGGUCUCAUAUGUGACCGAAACCUCACACUUGGUCAUCUUAUUGGAGUGCUGAAUGACUUCUUUGCUUCCCUUGGCAUGAAAAAGCUGCGCUUCAAACCUGCUUAUAAUCCAUACACAGAACCAAGCAUGGAAAUCUUCAGUUAUCAUGAAGGUUUAGAUAAGUGGGUGGAGGUCGGAAAUUCUGGCAUGUUCAGGCCUGAAAUGUUGCGCACGAUGGGGUUCCCAGAGGAUGUUUCUGUUAUUGCAUGGGGCCUUUCCCUAGAGAGGCCAACAAUGAUUCUGUACGGGAUCAAUAACAUUCGGGACCUCUUUGGACCCAAGGUUGAUUUCAAUAUUAUAAAGAACAGCAAGAUAUGCCGUUUAGGUUGGCAGUAAUCUUCUCAGGUGGAGAGAGAGAGAGAGAUCACCUGCGAUGAAAAUGCCAGGGCCCUGGUCGCUUCAAGUUAGUUCAAGUGAAUUUGUUACCUUCACAAAUUUUGGAAUGUCAUGGUACACUUUGAAUCCAGGAUUUUGUUUGUUCCAUUCUCAUUGAAAUACAAUGUAAAAUUAAGUAUAGGGAGACAGCGACAAACUGAAUAGAAUAGUGCUUUGUAAUAUUUAUUUAGUUAAAUGAAAAUCCUCUUAAACUGAAGAUUAUAUCA